AGGAAGAGUCUUCAAAUGAAGAAUUAGAAGAAUUAGAAGAGUCAGAAAAAGAAGAAGCAGAAAAGAAAAAAGAAUCAGAAGAAGAAUUAGAAGAAGAAUCAGAAAAUAAAUUACAAAAAGAAUUCGAAGAAGAAUUUCAAGAAGGAUUUCAAGAAGAAACAGAAGAGCAAGAAAAGUUAUUACAAAAUCAAUCAGAUGAUUCUUAA